AUGAUAGAGAAAGGCGAAAUAGAGAAUUAUAUAUUGCAAUCAAGACUGGGGUCUGGUGCAUUCGCACAGGUAUUUAGAGCUGUUCACAGAACAAGUGGCAAUGUCGUUGCUAUAAAGAUGAUCGAUGUCUACAGAUUGACCGAACGCAAUUCAAAACUGAAAGAAAAUCUAAACUAUGAGAUAAAGAUAUUGAAAUCUGUUAGUCAUCCAAAUAUUGUUACUUUAUAUGAUGUAUUAGAACCACCACCACCAUCAGAUAGUUAUAUAUAUAUGAUUAUGGAGUGUUGUGAAGGUGGUGACUUUUCGAGUUUUAUUAGAAAACACAAACGAUUGACAGAGGAGAAAGCGUUGUACUUUAUGAGACAGUUGGCGAAUGGAUUGCGAUUCCUCAGAAUGAACGAUAUCAUUCAUCGUGAUUUGAAACCGCAGAACCUGUUGUUGUCGGACAACUCUGAUUUGCCGACGUUGAAGAUAGCGGAUUUCGGAUUUGCCAGGUUCAUCGAUGUACAGUCGCUCUCCGAUACUUUCUGUGGAUCACCACUCUAUAUGGCACCGGAGAUAUUGUACCGUAAGAACUACACUGUGAAGGCCGAUCUCUGGUCGCAACAGCAACAGCAACAGCAACAACAACAACAAAUAUUUCAACAACAAACAUAUCAACAACAACAACAACAACAAUAUACAACAAACAAUAAUAAUAAUAGUAGUAGUAAUAUAAGUAGUGGGAGUGGAAAUAAUAAAUCAAAUUCAGAUAGAAUAUUAUUGAAUAAUCAAUAUGUAUAUAAUCAACAACAGCAACAACAACAACAAGUGGUAUCGACAAAGAAUAAUAAUACAACUUCAUCUUCAUCGAUUGAUUUUGAAAAGGAUUGUGUUAUUUUGGAUGAUGAAGAAGCUAUUAAUGGUGUGGAGCGAUUGGGAAAACGAGCGGUGGCUAUCGCAGAGUUGGGAGAUCUCAGACAGUUUGAACCGAGCGAAUGUAUUCCGCUUUACUUGAAAGCGUUGAUGUUGAUCAAAUCGAAACUUCAACAGAGUGCACAGAAUUUCAGUUUUGGAUCACCGCAUCUCGCGCGAUACAAUCAGCUGAUGGAGAAGUUGCGUGACACCUUCAAAGAGUAUCUCAAUAAGACCGUUCGAUUGUAUACCAACAACCUCGAGAUGAACGCAUCGUUCUCGCCGAACAAACUGAUCUAUGAGAGUGCACUGGAGAUGGGUAGAAACGGUGGUGUCGAAGAGAUGUACAGUGACUACAACAAAGCACUUCAAUAUUACUCCGACGGUAUAUUGCUCUUAGAAUAUCUCUAUUCGAUUGCAAUCGAUAGAGAAGAUCAAGAUAUUUUAAAUAGAUAUAUUAAAUCAUUUAGCGAAAGAAUAAUAACAGUUAAUAGAAAAUGUUUAAACAAAUAA